AGCCUUUUUCCUUCAGACUGCUAAGCUCACAAUGACAGAGUCCGUCCGGUAGAGCAACAUGCCAUGUUCUGGAUCUUUUGUUUGGAUUUUCCUCUCCACAUGGGGAAUAAUUGCGGGCAGUGUGAGGACUCUACCUCAUGUGAUGAAGUACCAAAUAGUGAUCCCUCAGAGGCUGGGGGAUCCAUCUCUCAUUAAUGAUGCAGCCACACAUCAGACAUACCCUGAUGUACUCCAGUACUCUUUGACGAUUGUUGGGCAAAACUACACACUGCACUUGGAAAAGAACAAAGAUCUUGUCGGGAAAAACUUCUCUGUGACACACUAUUCUGAUCAGGGCACCCAAAUCACAACUACUCCAGAUCUUAGGGUUCACUGCUACUACCAUGGGCACGUCGUGGGAGUAGAGGACUCCUCUGCCAGCGUGGGACUCUGCUCAGGAUUAAAGGGGUUUGUGCGUCUCCGGGACCAAAUGUACCUUCUUGAACCUCUGGCCGGCGCCGAGGCGGGACAGCAGGGUGACAGACCGAGCUCCAGAGCUCACAGUGACGAGGGUCUCCAUGCCGUCUACAACUACAAACACCUGAGGAGGAAGAGGAGCUCCUGUUCCCAUGGAAACACGACCACUUUCUACGAUCACGGAGCUCGUCCGUCUGGACUGUUCCAGCUCGGCAGCCUGAAAAGCAGAGCCCAGACCAAAGACCGUACAGGAAAACCCAAGACAGUGGAGCUGGUUGUGGUGGUCGACCACACGGAGUAUAAGAAGUUUGGCAGUAAGAAGACAAUAGAGGCCAGAGCGCUUGAAAUAGCAAACCACGUGGACAAGCUGUAUCGCCCCGUGGGUGUUCGCGUGAUGCUGGUCGGUCUGGAUAUCUGGUCGUACAAAGAUCAGGUGGAGGUCAGCACUAACCCUGAGCUCACCCUCAGUCGCUUCCUCGAGUGGCGUCAGCGGAGCCUGCUGCCGAGGACCAAACACGACAACGCACAGUUCAUCACAGGUGUGGAUUUCGAGGGUUCCACUGUCGGCUUAGCCAACACCAAUGCAAUGUGCACCUCUAACUCUGGAGCUGUCAAUGAGGAUCACAACACUAACUCAAUAGGAGUGGCCUCUACAAUUGCACACGAGAUGGGUCACAACCUGGGCUUGGCCCAUGACUCCGGAAACUGUGUCUGUGGCUCCUUAACAUCAAAAAGAGGCUGCAUCAUGGCUGAGAGCGUUGGCCUUGUGUAUCCAGAGCUGUUCAGUAGCUGCAGUCAGCAGCAGCUCAGCAGGUUCUUGGACGAGAUCAACCCUGCCUGCCUGCUGGAUACUCCCGCUGCUGCUCGCAUCUAUGGAGGGCCAGUGUGUGGAAACGCCUUCCUGGAGCCUGGAGAGGAAUGUGACUGUGGCACCGCAGAGGAGUGCCAGAAUCCUUGCUGCAAUGCCACUACCUGUAAACUAAAUGCAGGAGCCCAGUGUGCAGAGGGAGAGUGCUGCCACAACUGCAGACUGAAACCGACAGGCAGUGUCUGCCGACCAAAGACAGGAAACUGUGACCUGGCAGAAUACUGCACUGGCUUCUCUGCCUCCUGUCCGACUGAUGCCUACACCCAGAAUGGCCUGUCCUGCAACCGUGGAAAAGGAUACUGCUACAAUGGACAGUGUCCAUCACGGCAGGAACACUGCAAGAGACUCUGGGGACCAGAUGCUGACGUAGCUCCAGAUGCUUGUUUCUACAAGCAUGGAAACUGCAGAAAGACACUGUUUAGCCAAAGAUGUUCAAACCGAGAUCAAUCGUGUGGGACACUGUUCUGCUCCGGAGGCUGGGAGUUUCCAGUGACAUCCAGGAAGUCCUUCUACAAAGUAGGAAAUGGAGACAUAUGCAAUGAGGCAACUAUGAACCCUGAAGAUAACUACCCUGCAGAUCUGGGCAUGGUGCCUGUUGGGACUAAAUGUGGCACCAACAUGGUAUGUUACAAUCAACGGUGUCAAGACAUCCAAAACAUAAAAGUGUACGGAACUAAUGACUGCUCGGCCAAAUGCAACAACCACGGGGUUUGUAACCAUGAGAGUAAGUGCCACUGUGACCCUGGCUGGGCCCCACCUUUCUGCAAUGUGGAGCAGUCUGAACUCCCUGAAGAUGCAGGUCUGGUGGUGUUUAUUGUGUCACUGGUGGUCGGCUUACUCCUGCUGUCGGUUCUGGUUAUUGUGAGUUUGAUGUGCUGCAUCAAAAAAAGGCGACCUGCAAAGAGAUGCCUCCAGUCUACCUCAGGACAAUCCAACCCGUUGUUUCGGUCAAGCGGUGGUGCACGAGGCAGCCCUCGUCUCGGGUCCAUGAACAUCAGCCCGCCUACAUUUGUUGAAUCAUCAGCCACUCUAGCCUGCAAACCUCUGUCCUCUGCUCCUGCCAGACCGCAUACUGGAGCACCGAAGCCCAGCAGAGCAGCUCCAGUGCCACCUAAGAAAUUGUCAGCUGUACCCCUGUACCAGGAUGUAAGGCAGUUCAUGCGGCCUGUUUCAAGCAAGCCAAUCUUUGCUGAGAAUAAGCCACUACCUCCAUCCAGACCUCUGCCACCACUUGCAACAACAAAACCAAUCAUGAAGCCAAAGCCUCCAAUGCCUCCAGUGAAGCCAAAGCCCUCUGCAGUCCGGUCUCCGCUGCCACACACUCAGCUGCUUGCAGGGAGAGCUGCCCUGAUGCCCCCCAGCAGGCCCAGAUGACAGAGGGAAUAAUUCAGCCUGAUGUAAACACUGAGAUCCUCUGACUGAGGACAUUGUUGUUGUCACACCUAAGAAGAACCUAGAAAUCCUCUCAGGCAGCGCUUGUCUGGUUUAAAGUGGAAGCAAGAUCCACUGAAGGAUCGUCAAUAAUAAGUGACAGAGCUUUUCUGUCAAUGCUCUCCCUGAGGAUUACCGCCGUCUGUGUCUUGGUUAUGUAAGCCAUCAGUAUGUUGAUUGGGAAAACUGAAGCCUUGAUUGACAGACUCAACUUCAUGUGCUUUAUAAAUGACAAGUGGCUAUGCUGCCAUGAUGAUCUGUUUUGUAUUUUUAUGGGAAAUGUCUCUCUUCCUUGAUACUGGGAUACAUGAAUACUUAAUGAGGCAAUUGCACUAUUGUUGAUGCUGUAACUGUUUUACUGCUACUAUUCCCUCACACAGGUUUUGGUACUGCUUUUAAAAGGAAUAAUGCUGUUACGGGAUUUUAAAAUGUGGCAUCAACGUGGGCACUUUACAAAUUGUUUUAAUUUAGGAAACACCACAAAAGUUCUGACAUUUUCGUGAACAUUUUUGUACUAAACUCGGUAUGCUUGACAUUGGGAGACUGAAUUUUUACACGCCGUUGUUAUGUGUGUUGAUUUGAUACGUGUUGAUUGCAGCCUAAUUCUGCAAGGGAUUUUAUAUUGCAUAAUCUAUGCAGCAGGCACAGUCCUUCACUCAUAAUGCCCAUGAUUGUGGCCUUUCCUUACAGUGGUGAUUCUGCCUUGGUUUAUCCUGCAAACUUUUAAAUGCAACUUCAUUUGAACUGUUCCUAUUUAUGGAGAUCUCUUCUUUUUUUUUUUUGUCUGUAAAAUGGAGCUAACAAUAAAAGCGAAUU